UUCCAGUCGGACUGUUUUUGUAGGCAGACCGGUGCACCUUGAACUGUCAGAUUUCUGCCUCUCUUCUUCUUCUUUUCUUCAGAUUAGUUCAGUUUAUUUUAAAAUCAUGUCGCGUUUUCCGCAGUUACUCGGCAGGCGGUUGAACGCAAACCUGGUGCGUCAGAACCGGAGCGGCUCCCGGUGUUACUCGAGUUCUGCCGGGAAGAGUUCGGUCCGGAUCGGCUGCGCCUCCGGGUUCUGGGGAGACACCGCCACCUCAGUGCCUCAGCUGAUCCAUGGAGGGAAGCUGGACUUCCUGGUGUUCGACUACCUCAGUGAGAUCACCAUGUCGCUGCUCACUGCUGCCAAGACCAAGAUGCCUAAUCUGGGAUUUGCUCCAGACUUUGUUCAAGUCGCCGUUGCUCCGUUCAUCAACGACAUCCACAGGAAAGGUGUCCGUGUCAUCAGUAAUGCUGGUGGUGUCAACCCUCUGGCCUGCGCCGCCGCCAUCCAGGACGUCGUCAAGAAGGCCGGCCUGGACAUGAAGGUCGCCGUGGUGACCGGCGAUGACCUCAUGCCCCACAGGGCCAGCCUGUCUGAAGUCAAGAUGGCCGACGGCAGCGGAAGACAGCAGCUGCCCAAAAGCCUCCACAGCAUGAACGCAUAUCUGGGAGCCGCUCCGAUCCGUCGCUGUCUGGACCUGGGAGCUGACAUCGUGGUGACGGGUCGUUGUGUAGACAGCGCCAUCGCUCUGGGGCCUCUGAUGCACACCUUUGGAUGGCAGAGGAGCGACUAUGACCUGCUGGCAGCUGGAAGUCUUGCAGGUCACCUGAUUGAAUGUGGAGCUCAGAGUACUGGAGGAAUCUUCACCGACUGGCACAAAGUCCCCGACUGGGACAACAUGGGUUUCCCGGUGGUCGAGUGCUCUGCCGACGGUUCCUUCGUUCUGUCCAAACCGCCCAGAACCGGUGGCCUGGUGUCCUUCGGUACAGUCGCCGAGCAGCUGGUGUACGAGAUCGGCGAUCCGCGGAGAUACCUGCUGCCCGACGUCACCUGUGACUUCAGCCAGGUGCUGCUGCAGGAGCUGCCAGGUGUAGACGGAGGUGCUGUCAGAGUGACCGGAGCUAAAGGCUUUGCUCCGUCUCAUGACUACAAGGUGUGUGCGACUUACAUGGAUGGUUUCAGAGCGACGGCGGUUUGUCCCGUCGGAGGUUCGAGAGCGGCAGAAAAGGCCCGACGAACCGCAGACAGCAUCAUCAAACGGACCAAGCGAAUGUUCAAGCAGUUGGGGAUGGAAGAUUUCAGCUCCGUCAACGUCCAGGUUCUCGGAGCUGAAGACACGUACGGCGCCAACGCUUGCAACAAGAGCUCCAGGGAGGCGGUGAUCUGGAUGGCCGUCCACCACAAACAGAAGAAAGCUCUGGAAAUCUUCUCCAGGGAAGUGGCUCCUGCGGGGACCGGCAUGGCUCCUGGACUCACCGGCAUCGCGGGCGGGAGACCCAGAGUGUCUCCCGUCCUGAAGCCAUUUUUCUUCUUACAUCCCAAAUCUGAGCUGACGGUGGACAUUCAUGCCGGUGGAGAACUGGUGGAGUCACUUUCAGAGGUGGGGCCAGACACACCUGAGCAGGAUGAAGCCCUGCCCACCUCAGAGGACGUACCUGACACAGACUUGCCCAGCGGACCAAACAGCUACAGACUGGAGGAGCUGGCCUAUACAAGGAGCGGCGACAAAGGCGACUCGGCUAACAUCGGUGUGAUCGCUCGCCAUCCCCUCUUCUUCCCCUACCUGAAGAAACACCUGACUUCUUCUGUGGUGCAGGAAUACUUCUGCCACCUCUUCGCGCCGGAAGAGAAGAACCCUGUUACAAGAUACACUCUGCCGGGGAUCCAUGGCCUCAACUUCGUCCUGCAGAGCUCGCUAGGCGGGGGAGGGGUGGCGUCUCUUCGCAGCGACCCCCAGGGCAAAGCCUUCGGUCAGAUGCUGCUGGACCUGAAGCUGAAAGGACUCCCUGAGCUCAAGUCGCUGGUGGACUGAGAGAUGUGGUGAGAGCUGGAGGCAAAUGGAGACAUGAAAGGCACUUCACAAGGAGGAAAGAGAGCCAGACUUGAAAGACGUUUUACCUCAACAGAAACACAAAGAUCCCAACACCCUAAACAAGGUCGAAAAAAACACUCGAAAAGCACAACAUUCUCAUCAACGCACAUGAAAUUUGGCACAGAUUUAGAGGAUUUUGCCCACAAUGCAAACCAAACAGAAACAUCCAAAGAAAACGGAAACACUAAGUAGAACUUGGAGGAACAUAUUCACUACAUGGGUUUGACUAAAUACAUUUUCCCAUCCUCCAAGAGGCCUUAGCCAGCUCUAAGGGAAAAUCACCACACAAAAAUACCCAGUUUUGUUCAUUUUGGUUUCAUUUACUCAAGCAUAAGACAUAUUUUUGCUCCUCAUGGUCAGAAAUAACUGAAAAAUGCAGAUUCCUGUCAAAUAGGGAAGCCUAGACUGAUUGUCUUUACUGUACGUGAACUCUUCUCAUUAUCGCACCCUUAAAAAAACCUUGAUUUCCACCUAAACAAUGGACUGAUUUAGAAUUUGCGUCAUUUAAAACAUCCUCAUAAUCAGUUAGUAGCAGCUCCAUAACUAGUAAACCCAAACCGAACAACCUUUCAGCUGUUCGGAUCAGAAACACUUGGAAAAAUUUGGAAAUAACAAUAAGACUUGAUGUGUUUAUAUCAGCAGGUCUGAAAAGUUCUGAAAAACUGCACUGUAAAUUUUUAGGAAUCAAAACUGUACCUAACAUACAGCACACAUUGAAAUAUUUCCCUCUAGACCAAAGUGUUGCGUCUUGUUUGGCAAAAAAGCAAAUGUCCAAGUAUUGAACCUUGUGGAACACCAUAGAACAUUCGUCUCUCAAGCACCGGAUUCGAAUUAGAUGCACUUUUUAGAGGUGAACUUCACCUGCUGUAAAAUAAGAAGAUUAAUUGCAGCUUUACUGUGAAAAGCUGCAAUUUAGACGGUUAAAUGAAACCAGAGGAGAUAAAUAGGAUAGAUAAAAUGACUAAAAUAACAUCGUUUUUGCUGUUUUUUGGCUGAAAUGUGGCAUUGAACGUCGUAGAUUUAUUUCUUGUUCUUCUUAAAUUGUUGUUUUUUUUCUUGGCUCCUGCUUUCAUGGUUAAGGAUGAAUUUUAAAUCUCAACAAGUGCGGAGAAUGAAGUCUAGAAGAUGGCUGCAGCUCAAAGCACCUGAAAAGCGAAAAGUUUCCAAGUUGUGCAGCUCCCAGUUUUGGGGUUAAAAUGUGCACUAAACCAUGACUGUAGUGUGUCGGAGCUUUGCUGGAAGCUGGCGACGGACUGUCUGAGAGGUUUUUCCUGCUCGAAGCACACAUGUUGGUGAUGUAGGAAACACUUUAGAUCCAGACUGGAGCUGCCCUGACCUCCAACCUCUCAGGAACCAGGACGGUGGUUUGGGUUUCCCUCCGAGGGUAAACAGAGUCUCUGCCGUCGGAUAUCGGAGGAGACUCGAACUGCAGGUCCGACGCCCGGUUCUCCCGUCAGGUUCACCUCAGUGUGACCCGACUCCGAUGUCGGCCGGCCCGCAGGAAUGCUCGUCUCCUUCCACCAAACCAACUCUGUGGCUUCCAGCCUGUUUAGUCAUAAUUGCAAACAGACUGAAGCUGCAGUCGCUCUGCAGCUUCCGUCGGGGCUCAAAUCUCAUCAAGUCCACCUCGUCUGAAUCACAUCCCUCCCCCCAUUUCACCAAACCUUCCUCCUGACGCCGCUUUUCCAGCUCCCAGUUUCCAGGAAAAUUCCUCUGCGACCCUUGACCUCUUUUCAAGAACUAGAUUUAAGUCUUGUCGAAUAAAUAGAGACAAAUCCUCAAAUGGAGAGAAAAAGAGCCACAUUAGAGAGUCUGCCUGCAACAAUAAAUAAACAGCCGUCCUCAAAACAGACAUUCAGAGACAUUGGCAGGACAGAUUCUUCCAGGCAGCGAUUGAAAGCAGAGUUUAAUUCAGUCACACGGGAAAAGUUUGAGUCUCUCAGCCCAUCUUUGGGAUUUAGAGACAGAUUUUUACAAAGCGAGGUGUCAGAAUCAAAGCUCUAAAUCCUGGUUUCUGUCAAGAAGCCGCAGCUGUCAGCCUUUGCAUGUAAACCCUCAGAUAUGUUCACAUCUCAAUGAUGAACCGCAACAGUUUGGAUCCACAUCUGUCCGGCAUAUUGCUCCACAAAAACCGUUUGUUUUAAUUACUCAGAGAAACCCUUCAUCACUGUUAAACAAUGCUUCCCCCAAAACUGAUUCGAUGUUUUCCCAAAACAAGUCAUGCUUGUGAGGAUUUCCCAGUAAUCACUGCUCAUUUUCUGGCAUGUUUUGUCAUUUUAUGCUCUUCUCUUUGCCAUUAUUGGCUUUCCUUCAGCCAAUAUUUUGGUCAGAACGUAAGAAUAAGCAGGGGUUGUUGGGAAUAUAGCUUUUUUUAGGAGCGAGAGGAUCCAGCAUACCACUCAAACCAACAUUAAGAUAGAAACUGAUGCUUUUUACAGAGAAUUUCCCCAAAAAUCCAACCAAACUUUUACUUUAUUCAAGGUGUGUUUCUUUGUGCAGCCGGAAAUCAAUCAGCAGUGUUCUGAACUCAUUACAAAAAGCAUUUAGUAGACAAAAAGUAGGUCAUAAAAUAUGAGACUCCUUUAUUAAUGUCGAAAAUGUAGGUAUUGCACAGAUUCCUGUAAAUGUGGAAAAUAAUGAUAUUUCACAGGGUUUUUCCAGAUGUGGAAAUGCAGAUGUGGAAAUAUAUUCUUUCUCAGUUUACAGUUAGACAACAGGAAAGUAAAUGAGAGUAAAAUUUACCAACUCAUCCACCAAAUGUUGAAAUAUUUCGCUUUGUACCACAAAGUUGCUUAUUCGUUUGGCCAAAAAGCAAAUGCUCAAGUAUUAAACCUUGUGGAACACCAGAGAACAUUUGUUCAGUUUCAGUUGCCAAAUUAAAAUUAGAUGCACUUUUCUGAGAUUCACCUGCUCAAAGAAUAGGAAAAAACAACAUAUUGGGAUGAAUUUCAUCUUAAAUGUAGCUGGUAGCUCUUGAGAUUCGCUUUUCUGGACCAAAUUUUAUCAACAAAAAAAAAAGCAAAGGCCCACACAUUGAGCCUUGAUAAACACCGCAGUAUGUUAUGUUUUUUAAGUAGUUUCCAAACUACCAAUACAAACUGCCUUCUUGAAGUAUGGCGAAGUUUGUCUUUGGUCAAACUCGAAAAUAUCUCCAGACAAACUUGUGUAAUUUUCCAAUUGGACUUCUUUUUGACUCUUGAAGGUGUUUCGCCUGCAAUCCAAGAAGCUAACUCUGCUGCCAGGUUCCUCAGUCAAAGUACGUUUUUAUUGUUUUGUUGACAGUGAAUGUCUGUUCCAAAUUUCAUGGAAAUCCAUCCAGUAGUUUUAGACUUAAUCAAAGUACUGAAAGCGAUAAAAGCAAGGGUCCAAGUAUUGAACCUUGUGGAACACCAGACAGCAUUUGUUCAGUUUCAGUUGCCAAAUUCAAAUUAGACUCACUUUUCUGAGUUUGACCUGCUCAAAAAAUGGGAAAAAAACAACAUAUUGUUAUGAUUUUCAGCUUAAAUGUAGCUGGUAGGUCUUGAAAACCGCUUUUCUGAACUAAAUUUGAAAAAAAAAAGCAAAAGUUUACACAUUGAGCCUUGAGAAACACUGGUCAGAUUCUAGAAUAUCUCCAGAAAAACCUGUAUAAUUUUCCAGUUGGACUUCUUUUUGGUAUUUGAAGAUGUUUCACUUGCAAUCCAAGAAGCUAACUCGGCUGCCAGAUUCCUCAGUCAAAGUGUAUUGUUUUGAAGACAGCGAAUGUUUGUGCCAAAUUUUAUGGAAAUCCAUCCAGUAGUUGUAGUCUGAAUCAAAGUGCUGAAAGUGAGAUAACCAAGGGUCCAAGAAUUGAACCUUGUGGAACACCAGAAGUGUUUUCCUUCAUUUCAACAGGAUGAAUUAAACCAACAGGAACAAAUAAGCGGCUCAAGCUUCUCUAAGUUUGAGGAAAAGUUCUUAAAGAAAUUAUGUAGACUCUGGUUGAACUGUGUGAUUUGGUGUUUUUUUGCCUUGUAGCUUAAACUCACAUAUAGAUGAAUGACGCAAAACAAUAUAGUGUCUGUUAUUGGAUUUUUACACUAAUCCAAGCAAACACAUUUUUGAUAUGCAAAAACUCAACUGGUUGCAUUUAAACUCCACACAAGUCCUUAUUGUGGAACCAAAUGUGCUUUUUGUAUCACUUCAUGUUGAGGCUAAACUCAGUAUUUUUACAUUUGAAAUGAUUAAACUCUUGUAAUUAAAGAUCUUAAGCGACUAAAAAUGUAAAUUCUAAAGAGCAUUUUAGGAAAAAAUCAACUUCUGCCUUCUUUUUCAUUACUAAAGUCUGAUUCUUCACUUGCUUUCUAAAUACAUUUCUGUAUAAAACUGAUUUUGUAGAUACUAAACCUAAGAGAUUAAAGAUAUUUUUAUUACCAAA